AUGAAAAAAAUAUAUAGGGGAACGAAAACAGACGAAAUAUUUCAGGCACAGAAAAAUAAGUACAACCAUUUAAUAAACAAAAAUAAUAUCUACAACAAUAUUUAUUUAAAUUUCGAAGUUUAUGAAAAAUGGAGAAACCCUAAUAUUGACAAAGAUGAGCAUAGCCAUUGGAAUGACAGAUCAUUGAGUAUAGUUUUAAACGCGGAUUCUAAUUUAAUGGACAAGGAGGCGAAGCAUCUGCUGAGAAGAGGGGUAUCCGAUUCCCUGAAGCAUCUGAUAUGGGUGAGAUCAAACGAUGUGAAUUACUUCGUGAUAAACUUCCCACACUUCUAUGAAACAACAAUUUACAACACCUUUGGAGACAAGAUUCCAUCUAAUUUAUCGAAUGAUUGUCCAACCUUUUGUGGAGGGAUAUUAGGAUUACAAGAAGAUAUUAUGUGUGUCCAAACUAAAAUAGAAGAAUUGGAAAUUGAAAAUAAUGAAGAUUAUGAUAACUUUAAUAUUAAUGAUUCCACAAGCAAUAUAUUACAACUUUUAUUUAAUAACCCAAAUGAAAAUGAGAAAAAAAAAGAUCGAUAUUUAUUACCUGAACACAACUUUUGGAUAGAACCGAAAACAUUGAGUACCCCAAAUUUUGGAUUAACAAAUAAUAAUAAAAAAAAAAAAAAAAAAAACUUUUAUAUUGAAAAUGUUAAGAAUAAGUUAUUGAAAAAUAAAAAGAUAGACAAUUAUCUCAGAGUUGCAUCUGAUUCAGUACUUCCAUACUCGAAUAACUUUAUUUUCAGGAAUUUAUCAAAUCGAUUUUACAAAAGUAAGGUGGAUAAAUUGGAAAAAAUAAAAGUAGAAGAAGAAGAAGAAGAAGAAGAAAAAAAAAAAAAAAAAAAAAGGGUUGAAGAAAGUGAUGGUAAGGGAGGAGGAGGAAGAUCUAUGGCCAAUGCUUCUGGAACUACAAAUGGCAAUUUAGGAAAUGGAACCAUUUGUAAUUUGUCAAAAGAUGAUACAUCUAAUAUUGGAAAUAUCCAUCUUAACAGUGUGGAUGCAAGUGAAAAGUCUGCAAAGUGUGCACAAGAAAAACAAAACAAGAUGAAGGAAGAAGGUGCAGAAAAACAUUGUGAAAAAAACUCUAUUUGUAACAGAGAUAGAGCACAUAAGGAAUCGAGCUUUAAAGUAUCUAAUUGUAGUGAAAGUGAAAAGAAUAUACUUAUUAAAGACGAUAUAAUAAUUUUCCACAAUGGAGGAGGGAAUGAUACGAAUAAUGAUCUUGAUGAAGACGGAAGGGAUCCCGGGGAGGAGGAUGAGGAGGUGGAAGAAGAAGAAGAAGAAGAAAACCACAUUACAACUGAUGGUACUUCUCUAAACCAGUAUUUUAAACAGAUAGUGAAUUCCUGUAAUGAUAAUAAAAAUGGAAAAUUGUUAUUAACGAAGAGAGAGACAUUCGUGGAGGAGAUGGAACAGAUGGAGCAGCAGGGAGUAGAAGAGGAGGAGGAGGAGGGCAAUAAAAAGAAGAAGAAUAAGAAUAAGAAAGAUGAAAUCGAAUUGAAGAAGAAAAAAGAAAAGGAAAAAGAAAUUUAUGAAUCGAACAAAUACUUGCAUAUCCAGUGCUACAUGACGGAACAGUACAUAAUAAGUAAAAAACAAGCAGACAAAAUGAAUAAAGCCAAAUUAUAUUUAAGAACAAGGAAGAAGAAAAAAAUGGAAAAAGAAGGAAAUUAUCAUAAUAAUACAAAAGCAAAGUCACAUUUGGAUUUGAAGGACAAAAUUUCGGGUGUACUUAAUUCAGAUGAUUCUUCAUCGAAUUACACAAAUGAGAAAAUGUACAUUAACAUAGUAGGAGAGAAUAACAGUAUGAACUAUCGUUUGAAAAAAUAUGCUAGUUAUAACACAACAAGAAGUUUUUUUAAAAAAGCUUUCAGUGUAAAACGCACGAAACAUAAAAAUGAAAGAAAAUUAUCUGAUCAUAUUUCUUCUUUGCUGAAAAAAAGCUUAAGCAAGGACAGCAAAGAAAAGAAAGAUAUGAUUUCCAAUAAAAAAAUGGCAUGCCCACGGGAUAGUAAUAAUAAUAAUGGUACUAGAAGUAAUAGUAAUAAUGGAAGGAAUAGUAACAAUAGUCAUUGUAGCAUUAAAGAGGAAGGAAAAAAGAAAAAAAAGGUAGCACUGUUGAAUAGAUCCACUAGGGAUUGGUGGUUGUUGUCUUCCAAAAAUGCAAAGACGGAAGUGGAACAAGAAGUGGACGCUGAUUCACAAACAAAUAUAAGUUCAGAUAAAGAGAUCCAUAAUGUUAGAAGGAGAUCAGGAGAAUCACAACAAACAUGCUUUGAAUUCGAUGCCUACAUGUCCCCAGAUGAUCAUGUUAAUAGAAAAAGAAAAGACAAGCAUGACAUGAAGUGGGGGGACAAGGUGGAGGAAGAAGAAGAGGAGGAGGAGGAGGAUGGUGAAUCCAUUAUUAAGCUAAGCGAAUUUAACGAAGAUAAUACAAUGAAAAAUAAAACAAAUUUACUUUUCUCGAAUCAAAAAGAAUUAGUACGAAAGGGUAUGGACAACGAGAGAAAGGAUGAUAACAAUAAAAAAUCUAUUUUUGAUAAAUUGAAAAACUUGUUUUACAAAAAAAAAAAGUCGAAUGAUUUAGACACCGAAAUAGGGAAAUAUUCUGGUACUCCCCAUAAUGAAAAAUGGGUUUAUUAUCCCAACAAUCAAAGGGAAAUAUUUAAACAUACUGAGGACGACAUUUUGUUGGACCCUGGGGGAAGCCUCAGAAAAAGGGAUCCCAUCGACAGUGCACAAAAAUGGGAUGGUAGGCCAGAACUUUAUAAUAAACAAGAACUUGAUAAUAGGCUAACAUGUGAGGAGGUGAAGAAGAGUCUAGUGAAUGGGAUAAGGACGAAAAGGAUUGUUGGUGGAGAUGAAGAACACGAUGGCAUUUCUCGCACCAUCUGUUUUGACAAUUCAGGGAUGGAAACUCAUUAUAGCACGUUUACUUCGGCAAGAGGUGCAGAAACGUCGAAUCCAGGUGCAGAUUGUGCGAUGCUUCCCCCACGUGGUUCUCUCACAACUGUGGAUAGCUGCAGAAGGGAGGAAAAGUACAACAUAAUCAUUAGCAGGCACGAAAGAAGGAAUCACCAGGGUCAGGGGCAGCUACAGGGUCAGGGGCAGCUACAGGGUCAGGGACAGCUACAGGGUCAGGGGCAGCUACAGGGUCAGGGGCAGCUACAGGGUCAGGGAGAGAUGCCCAAUGACCUGGUGAACAAAAUGGAUGAAGAUGGUGCAAGGAAGAAGGAAGAUAAAGAGGAGGAGGAGGAGGAGGAGGAGGAGGGAGAGAUGCCGUUCCUCAAAUGUGCAAAAAUAAGUUCACCUCGAGUGACAUCUGUAGAUGAAAUUGUUAAAGGAGAAAUGGAAUCAUUGAUGGAUGAGUUAGAAAAUUUUCAACUUCCAGCAAGUCAUAUGUUAAACGAGGAAAGGAGUGAAGAGAGUGCAAAUGAGAAGAGUGGAAAAGAGAAGAGAAAAAAAAAAAUAAAUUUCAAAGAUGACAAAUGGGGCAUGCUUGACAAAUCCGACAAGAGCGACGAAGAUCAUCACGGGUCAGAAGAAGAGAUAAAAGAAAGGUGUGAUGAACUCACAGAUAUGGAGAAAAAGGAUAGACAGAGGAAAGAAUCAGUAUACAGAGAAACUAGUGAAAGCAGGAGGAAGAUAAUGAUGAUGAAAAAGGGAAGGAGAAAAACUGAAUCCAAAGUUGAGACGACAGGAAAAAAAGGAAUCUUAGGAAUGGGAGAAGGAGAGAUGCAUUCAAGGGACGAAUCAGACAAUGGAGAUAAUAGUAAAAUGAAAAAGAAAUAUGCUGCAGUGGAGUAUAAUAGUAAGGACAAUUCUAAUCUGGAAAAGGAGUUGUAUAGCAAAUUUUAUGAGAACGGUAGUACAGGAGCAAGUAGCUUAGGUGUUGGUGUUCGUAGUGGUGUUGGCAACAUGUGUGGAAGUAGCGAGAAUUGCAACAACACCUUGGAUAAAAGUGGAAUGAAUAAUGGAGAUAUGCAUGGGAGAAUGCAUCAAAAGGGAAAAGGGGAGAAGGGGGAGGGACAGCAUAAUAGUAGUAGUAGUACCACCACCACCCUCUCCCCAAAUGUAUACAAUUUGGAAGACGCAACUGAACUGACGGCUCUACUAAAUGAUAAUGGAAAACAUGAAAUAAGAAAACUUCUAUGGGCUAUAAAUAAUAAUUUUGGAAAUGAUAUAGAAUUUGCACCUAUAAUUCCAAAUUUGUGCAUAAUUUUAUUAAUAUAUUUCAAAGCAUCAGUAGUGUAUUGUAUCAUUCACUGUUUAAUAAAAAAGGGAAUUGAUACUAUAAAAAAUAAACAAGUACCAUUUUUUAUAUAUAAAAGAAAUGAUUUUGUAAAAUAUGUAAAAUAUGUUUUAAAUUCAUUUAUACAAUUUUUGCCAAAAUGUUAUCAUUAUUUAAGAAAAUUAAAUUUUGAUUUGGCUGCCUGGACAGCAAGAUGUAUACAAGAUGGUUUUUCAAGAAUGUUACCAUUCGAUUUUGUUUUGAGAAUUUAUGGAAUAUAUUUAUUUGAAGGACAGAAAACAUUAUGUCUGUAUUGUUUAGCAUUAUUAAAAUUUUUUGAAAAUGAUUUACUUAAAUGUAGAAAUAUUGAAGAAGUGGAAAAUAUUUUAUAUCACAUAUGUAUGCAUCCAUAUUUAACAAUAAAUGAAUUAACGCAUAUUGCAUAUCGAUUUAAAUUAAAAAGUAAAGAAAAACAAUUAAAAUUUUCAACAAAAUGCCCAUCUCCAUAUCUCAUGAAUGUAAAAAUGAAAACAUUUUAUAGACCAAGACUUAAUGAUUAUUCUCGAUUAUUAAAUUCAUUGCACUGGCAGAAUAUAUGGGAAAAGUUACCAAGUAAUUUUAGAUCCUUAGAUCCUGUUUUAACUUAUUCUUCAAAAACAGAUGGUUAUAGUUUUCAAGUUUUACUAGAAUUAACAGAAAAAAAUAAAAAGAAACCUAUGAUUCUUAUUUUAAAAACUUUUGAUCAUGACUUGUUGGGAUUCUUUUGUCCAUUUUCAUUAAAUAGAGAUAUUAAUUUUGUUAACUCAUCUGAUAAAAGUUCUGCUUUCGUUUGUACUUUUAAUUCCAACUUUAAAUUUUACAAAUGGUCAGGUAAAAAUAAUACUCUCGUUCUUAUACGCGAUGGAAUAUAUAUUGGUGGAAACGACAUUUCCAUAUUUAUUGAUAAAGACAUUAAAAUUGGAAAGACUCAUGCCUCCGAGUCCUUUCAAUCUCCACCUCUUACAUCCGCUGAACACGACUUUCACAUAAUGGACAUCGAGGUGUGGAAUUUGAAGUAA